GUCUGUGUGUGUUCGUGAGGGAAUCGAACCUGUGACACUCAGCUGGGACCACCAUCGUGUUCACAGCCGCGGUGAGUCACUGGACGCGGGUCACGUGUUCUCACAGCUGGACGUCCUGAGCUGGGGUCGGUCGCAGCUCGGCCGCGGGGACGCGCAGCCGCGGGGACGCGCAGCUCCUGGAUGUAAACAAACCGCAGCUCACCAGCAGCUGCAGCCAGCGAGCCAGCGACUCCAUCUUUCUAAACAAAGCAACCUUUCCCUGCUUUUUAAGUUCGUUGACUCGAUGGAGACGAGCUCCAGGCCUGGGUACGAGCCCCAGCGUGCGGGACCAUGAGAGGAGAGGAAGGUUCGAUGCCCGCGGCCAGUGAGAGAGGGGCCGACCAUCCGAGCUGCUGCAGCCGCCGCUGCCCCCUCCUCCGCCCGCAGAGAGCCGCCGACCCGAGGCCUCCUGGUUCCUGCUCCUGGUCCUAGAGAAGAAGAAGAAGAAGGGACAACAUGGAGACGGUGGGGACAUUCGAGUUCAGUCGCAAGGACCUGAUCGGACAUGGCGCAUUUGCUGUCGUCUUUAAAGGGAGACACCGAGAGAAACACGACUGGGAGGUGGCAGUAAAAUGCAUAAACAAGAAGAAUCUGGCCAAAUCCCAGACCCUGCUGGGGAAAGAGAUCAAGAUACUCAAGGAGCUGAAACAUGAAAACAUUGUGGCGUUACUGGACUUUCAGGAAACUGCCAGCUCCGUGUACCUGGUAAUGGAGUACUGCAAUGGGGGGGACCUCGCAGACUACUUACACUCCAAAGGCACGCUGAGUGAGGAUACCAUCCGGGUUUUCCUGCAGCAAAUCGCAGGGGCCAUGAGGGUCCUGCAGUCCAAGGGAAUAAUCCACCGGGACCUCAAGCCCCAGAACAUUCUGCUCUCGUACCCACAGGGACGCAAGUCGCACUCCAACAACACCUGCAUCAAGAUUGCGGACUUUGGCUUCGCCCGGUACCUUCAGACUAACAUGAUGGCGGCUACGCUCUGUGGCUCUCCUAUGUACAUGGCUCCUGAGGUCAUUAUGUCCCAACACUAUGAUGCCAAGGCGGACUUGUGGAGUAUAGGGACCAUCGUGUUUCAGUGCCUGACAGGAAAGGCUCCUUUUCAGGCCAGCAGCCCUCAGGACCUGCGGCUGUUUUACGAGAAGAACAAGAGUCUCAGCCCAAACAUCCCCAGAGAGACGUCCAGUCAUCUGAGGCAGCUACUGCUGGGUCUGCUGCAGCGCAGCCACAAGGACCGCAUGGACUUUGAUGAGUUUUUCUCUCAUCCUUUCCUGGAGGCGAGCUCGUCAGUAAAAAAGACAACUCCAGCUGUGACCAUGACCUGCUUCCCGAGCUCUGCGUCAGCCAGCUCCUGUAGCAGCUCCUCCACCUCUCAUCUCGCUUCGCCACCGCAGUCUCUUGCUGAGGUCCAGCACUUGCGGGCCAAAGCUCUGGCCUCCCCUACCCAGGAGGCCACUGGUUUUCUCCUCAAGGACUCGUCUGGGGGGGGCGGCAGCAGCAAGAACUCCUCCUCCUGUGACACGGAUGACUUUGUCAUGGUGCCGGCUGACUUCCCCGCCGCUGAGCUGACAUGUGAGAGUAAAGUGCUGCAGGACAGCCUGAUGACCAGUGGCUCUCUUCUUGCCUCUGCUGGUCUGUGCAGUCAAGUCAAAACACCCCCACGCUCGCCCCCCCACAGCGGCUCUCCCAGUCCUGUCAGGCCUAGCGAGUUCUUGGGAAGUAACUAUGGAAACCAGAGCAAGUCAUCUCCUAUCCCAGUCCCCACUCAGGUCCAGAACUACCAGCGCAUGGAGCAGAAUCUGCAAUCUAUUAAACAGGAUGGCUCACCACGGUUGUCGACCCCGGUGCGUCGCUGCAGCAGUGGAAGCUCGUUGGGCUUCGCUCGGCUCGGACCUUCGCCGCCGCACGUGCAGGCGACUGUCACCACGACCCGCAGACUGUCGCUGGGAGGCGCUCGAACUUUCCAGCUGUCGCCUCAAGCUCCUCAGCACGCGGAGCCCAGGCCGACUUCUCAGCAGAGGGCAGGACUGGGAACCCGGCUCCACAGCGCCCCCUGUCUUUCCGAGUGCGUCACUGGUGGCGCCAGGCAGAAGAUCAGGAAGCAGCACUCGGACCCGGUGGGCGGCCCCUCGUCGGGCCUGAUGACCAUCCGACCUUUACACUCGUCCCCCAGACUGAGCGAGCUGAUGCAGCGCAGCCCUCUUCCCACCAUCCUCGGCUCCCCCUCCAGGGUGAUCCCUCCGUUUGAGUUCCCCAAGCCUCCCAGCUCCCCGAACCUGGUGACCUUCCUCACGCAGCAGGGUCUGGUCUUCGGCUCUCCGUGCAGCAGGACUGCCCCGGCAGAGCUCGGAGACCCAGGACAUCAGGCCCAGACUCAGGUCAUCCACCGACUGAACGAUGACCCCAAGAGCUUUGGGAGGUCUCAGAGUGCCGGCCGUCUGUCUGACAUGCUGCUGAUGGCUGCGUUUGGACCGGGCGGACCGGGGGGGGAACGAGGCAGCGCAGAGAACCUGACCCCGGAAAAAGCCAUAGAAAUAACAGUGCCCCCCGGUGGUGGGGUAGGCCUUGCACCUGGAUCCAUUAGCCCUGCACAGGUGGUCUUCACUGUGGGCUCUCCUCCCAGCUGCAGCACCCCACCUCAAACCUCCCGACAGAGGAAAUACUCAGGCUCAUUCAUCUCAGUCAGCCCCGCAGGCUCCUUCACGAGCCGCUAUCCUCAGACAGGCACCUAUCUGGACGGCUUCGAGGCUCCUUCCAGUCCUCGCUACAGCUUCACUGAUCCCAUCACAGCCAACAUGGGAGGCCCAGUAACCUUUGAGGCACCGGAGCUGCCUGAGGAGACGCUGAUGGAGCAGGAGCACACGGACACGGUGCAAAGCCUCCGUUUCACGCUGGACUUCGCCCGCUGCCUGAUGGAGGUGGCCGGCGCCCGUGGUAUCGCGACGGUGGGGGAGCAGCUGGAGGUUGCUCAGGCCUGCCUCGGUCAGCAGCAGAGCCUGGUGGCCGAUCAGAUAAGCUCGCUGAGCCGAGAGUGGAGUCAUGCAGAACAGCUGGUUCUCUACCUUAAGACUGCAGAGCUCGUGUCCACUGCCUUGCACACAGCCAUGGAGCGAGUGAAGCAGGGCAAACUCUACCCAUCCGCUACAGUCAAACAAGUCGUGAGGAGGCUGAACGAGGUGUACAAGUCCAGCGUGGCGUCCUGUCGCACGCUCAGCACGCGUCUGGAGCGCUUCUUUUCCAGGAAGCAUCGUCUAAUGGACCAAAUCAGCUCCAUCACAGCAGAGCGGCUGCUGUUCAGCCACACCGUGCAGAUGGUUCAGGCGGCUGCGCUGGACGAGAUGUUCCACCAGGGGGAAGCAUCGGUCCUGCGCUACCACAAAGCUCUGCUGCUAAUGGAGGGCUUGUCUCAGCUGCUCACUGAACAGGACGACAUCCUCCGUGUUAGCAAGUGUAAGGAGUGCAUUGAACGCCGCCUCACCGCUCUGCAGUCAGGACUCUGUGUCUGAGAGUCGGACUUCUGCACGGUGGACUUGGAUCUCAGUUUCCAAAUACUUCAGUCUCCACAAAAUAUUCUGUUUUCACCAAAGCCUCCAGCUCGUCGAAUGGCUUUGUCUGUUUGAACAGCGGCAGUGACUUCCCCCCCCAACAGUAAACCAGGCUCAGUGCUGGACAUGAAGCACUUGGGCUGUAAAUGAAUGUCCGCGGUCUGGUCUCUGUGAGAGGACUGUGCUAAUGGCACCCAGGAUGGUAUUUUUUGGAUUCCUCUCACUCGGCGUAAACACAUCUAGGAGCAACUAAUGCCAAGUAUCCACGUUCAGCUCUUAACUAAAUAUAAACACCUAGCGCUGCAAGAAGUAAAUAUAGGCGACACGCUUCAAAUUUGCAAUAAGCAAAUCUGUAGAUAAGAUCAGUAGCAGGAGGGAGGGACCAGAGUUCUGCUGUUCACCUACAUGUCGGACGUUUGCUGAGGAAGUCCAGGAGAGAGUCAUGCUCAUCACACGUUUCUUUGUCUUAUACCCUUUGUUCGCUUUGCUCGGUUUGUUCUGUCUUGUUUUUUAUCUUAUUGUGACUAGUUGAAGGGAUGUAAAUAAGACGAUGUUGCAGUCGGUGACCGGAAGCACGUACAGGUACUUUUACAAAACAGUUGCCAAAAAAAGACUUUUUAAAAUGCAGUUUUGUUUUUGCUUUAUGUUUGAUUUACUAACCUGGUUUGCGAAAAAAGAAAUACUUGUGUUGACAUUUUAUUGAUUCUAUAUUGGCUCAAGACCAAGUCCCCUGAAUAGAACAACAGGAUACUAAAGCCAAAUUUAGAAAAUGGGCCCCGGAAAAUCCUGCACCGUGCACGUUAUAGCUUUUCAAGAGGGACUGAAACUGGUCUGUUCAGAGUUUCGCAAGUAUAAUCAACUUUGAAUGUAGCGCUGACAGGAGAGAGACACCGUCAAUAUUAUCCCGAUGUUAGCUAACUAUCAUUUUCGACUGAUCCGGGAGCUAAAUGUUUUUUGCACUGUUAAAGUACUGUAGCUUGAGUGGAAAAUGCUGAAUAGUUUGCUGACAUUUCUGGACAGAUUUUGCUCAUGUAGAGAUUUUCUACUUCCCUACUUUUAGUGCAGUUUUAGUUGAGUUUCUGUCCGAAGCUGAUGUGUGUUAGAUGUGUGAGUGUUGACAAAGAGAUAAGCUAUGAAACCGUAGGAAGAUUUAUUCAGGACAAAACGAAGGAAAAGGAAAAAUUAGCUUUACACUGAAAAACAAAAAAAAGAUUUGCAUCUAUAGUGCUGUGUUUUAUUUGAGAGUAGCUAGUGGGUGGUGAUGUGUUUGGUUUUCUUAAAAAAAGUGAUGUGUUGAUUUGGAGUGCUAGUUUUAUUUGUGCAAUGCUGAUAUGGACCUUCGACCAUACAUCCCCUUAACUCCCCUGAACUCUGGGCCAAUGGGAAAGGUCAACUUCUACUUGAGUUGCUUUGGAGGAGACGUUUCCGUGUGUGCAUGCGUGCAUGAGUGAAGUUGUGGCGUUUGAGGUGUUUAAGUGGGAUUUUCCCACUUUUUACAUACAAAACCAAAUCCACUGACAAAUUGAGGGCUCCUUUUGUGUGACAGGCCCAGGACGACUUUCUUUUCCCUGAGCUGAAUCAUCCUGUUGUCUGUUGUCACUUUAUUAAGAGGGUGAAUAAGUUCAUAUUUUAUCAUUUGUGUGGUGAGGACUGAAGAAGAGAUGGUGAAGCCAGUGUGGCAGCAGCAGAAGAAAAUAGAGGAAAGGGUUUUUUUCUUAGUGAAGAUUUCUCUAGAUAAACAUGCCAUGUGUAUUUGAUUUGUGGCCUUUUCAGUUUUGUCAGAGAUCUUUAGUCUGAAGUUUUCUUUGACGCAACUUUACCGAGAACAUUCUCCGUGUGUAUUCAUCCUUUCUGUGAGUGUACAUUCCGUAUAUCAGCUCAUCCACAGACUCCACACGUGAUGCUGUGUUCAGGCAGGACACUGUGACUUUGUCUCAGGAGAUGGUAGCAGAGGGUGGUGGCCUCUUUUCUAAAAACCCAAUGCAUGUGUCACUUUUUAUGUUCCCUACAAUCAUUGCUGUCAGCCCUCCUAAUGACAACGAGGGGCUUGUAACUGCCAUAAGGAUCAUUUGCGCAGCAGCUGAAAUUAACAAUGAUGGAGAACAACAGGUAGUAGUACAAGGACCUUUCCACUCUGCUGAAGUUUCCUCGAGCAAGUAACUGACUCCCGACCAGCUCUUGGAUUGCUGUUUAAAGUGAAAUUAAAUGUAAACAUCAUAAGGAUUAAGCCUUUGCUCUGUGCACUCCCACGAUAAUCUGUCAUACUCUCUCCGUAUGUUUGCAAAGAACAUACCUGAAUGUUUUCAGUUUCAUGUUUUGAUUUCCCCUUUUUUUCUGUAUUUCCUGUACAUAUUGUAAAUUAAGUUAUUGUUGUUAUUGUAUAUAUAUACAGUAUAAAUGACGCUGCAGGCAUAGAGAGGGCAGAACCAUUGCACCUGCACAUUUCCAAAGAAAACGCCUCCUUCUUCCACGUUGUCACAAAAGCAGUUUCAAGCUGUCGGACACUAACUCAGCGUCCCUGUGUGAUGUAACCUUCACUGUUUGAGAGUUGCAACAUGAAUAAAGUGAAAGGACAGGUCUUAA